AUCCUCAGCAAGCAGCCCCAGAUCCCAGUCCCCCUUGUUGCUGUGGAAUGGGUUGGGGUUCCAUGUCCUGGCUGGGGCUGGCUCUGCAAUGUAUCCAGCGGGUUCCAAUGGAACUCUCAGGGUUCUGGGUGGAAUGUCGGGGCUGGAUGGAGGGAAGGAAGGAAGGGAGGGAGGGCUGUGGGGAUCAGCUGGAGCCUGUUGCAGGGCGAGGAUGGAGGGAGCCUGGCUGAUUGGAGCGAUGGAGGCGGGGGCAAGAGCGAGCGAGCUCUGCGGGGACUGGAUCUAGUCCACGCCCGGGGCCAGCGCUGCAGUCCUGGCCGUCAUUCAAGCAGAGGACCCCCGGAGGAAGGUGGGUUGUUGUUGGGGCCCCCCUGCCGGGCUGUGUAGGGUGCAGGAGGAGGAGGAGGCGGCUCCCCUCGCUCUGUCUGCCCGCUGCUGCUGCAGCGACGCUGGGCGGGGAGAAGGAGCAGGCAGGCAGCGCCCCCCCUCCCCCGGAGCUCGCCAUUACCCAGGGGCUGCUGCAGCUGCUUUGUCUCCGAGAUCCGGCCGCUGGAGCCCGGCUGCCUCAUUGUCCUUGGGAAGCGGAGAAUCCGGGGGAAGGUGAGCGGGGAUUGGGGUGAGGGAAGCCGGGGAGCGGGCUGAGGUCCCCCCGGUAACCCGGAUCGAUUAAUCGGAUUUAUUAUUUUUUAUUUAAUUUUUUUUCCCCCUCUUUCGAUCGGGGGAUCCGGGGCUGGAUCGCGGGGAGAGCCGGGCUGGGGGGCGGCGGGCGGCUCCGAGAAGACUUCCAUCGAGGUCACCUCCAGGGACCGGGGAAUCUCGACUGCGGCUACCGGGGAGCACGCACCCUAUUCCGGUCACUGUGCCCGCCGCGCCCCGGUCUCCCUCCACCCGGAGCCGAACCCACAUUUUCAUCGAAUUUUUAUUGAAAUUUAUCGUCAGAUUCGCCGAUUACUCGACGCAGAUCGAGAAUUUUAUUUAUUUAUUUUUUUUUUUAUACAUUUUUUUUUUUUUCGAGCAUUUCGGGUGAAAUCGGUAAAAUGUGAUUAAUGAUUUCCCGGCUGUUUGGGGGUUCGGGAGCGAUGGGGGCGGGCUGCCCGGGCUGCGUGCGAGGUUGCCGGUUAGCCCCGGGUCCCCGCUCCCCCUCCUCCCCGGCUGCCGCUUGUUUUCCCGGCCAGGCUGCUAGUUCCGCGCCGGGGCUGGUGAGGUCGCUCUCCCCCUCGGGCUCCUCCUCCUCCAGGCGGCCGGAAGGUGAGGCCGGGCAGCUGGGUGUCCCCUGGGGAGGAAGGUGAGCCGGGCUCCGGGGUGACACGCGGCGCUGCCUGCCCUGCUCUCCCCGGGGUGGGUGAGGGGUUUCCCGGGGAAGGUGGGCUGUGAUCCCCGGGGGGUGGGGAGCGGUACCACGCGGCAUGGCCGGCCCAGCUCGGGUGCCUGGCUGGCGGGGAGAGCGGCUGGGCGGCCCCGCUGGGCGGUGGAGCACGUGGUCCGCUCCCGGGAACCCCCCGGGGUAGGGCGGGGAGAGCAGUGAGCGCGGCCCGGGGGUAGUGGAUGCAUGGAGCGGGGUGCGGGGAGGGUGACCCGGGUACCGGACCGGGGGGAUAGAAUACCGAACCGGGACCGGGGGUGAUACCGGACCGGGAUCGAUAGAAUCCGGGAUCGGAGUGGGGUGAUACCGGACCGGGGGGGGGGGGGUCGAUAGAAUACCGAACCGGGACCGGGCUGGUAGUACCGAACCGCGACCGGGACUGGUGGUACCGUACCGGGGUGGGUCCCGAAGCUAGGGCCAGCUCCCCGGGUAACACCAGCACCGGGGGAUCCUCGGUACAGACGGGAAGCUCGGGAGGGGGUUCCCAGGGUGGGGAUGGAUGGAUUCCCGGUAUCCGUCUCCUCGGUAUCGGCAGAGCGCCAGCCCGGAGGGUGCGGGGACCCCGGGACCCCCCAAUGCCGAGCACCCCGGGAGCUGAACUCGGCCCCCGGUUACUGUAAGAUCCUCCCCCCCCCCGAUCCCAUCUCCCCUUCCGGAUCCCGUCCCUCCCGGUACUGGGCGGAGAGGGAGGAGGGGGCCCCCUACAGGCUACAGCAGAAAAAGGGGGGGCAGUGACCUCAGGCUACCCGGGGGGGGGGGAUAGGGGGACUAUUUAUAACACAGUAUGGAAAGGUUUAUCUAGUAAAUCCCCCAGUCUGCUACUGGACCACAACUCCCAUCAAUUCCAGCCAGGCCAUUUGUGUCUAAUGGGUGCAAUGUGGUGAUCCUCCUUGGGGGUCUGACUGUACUGCUGUAGAGUGACAUGUGACGUUAAUAUGUGCUAUUGGACGAUUUCAUGGUUUAAAUAGAUAAGAUGUGUUUUUCUAAUCUGCAGAUCACUGAUUUACUAAGCAGUGACAAGCUGUCUGCUUUAAAACAGGCACAGGGGUUUAUCGACUGAAGAAGGAACUCAUUUUCACAGAGUUGUAGAAAAAUCUUUUGCUAAAUAUUUUUUUUUCUUCUACUCACUACACUUUGGAGUUCUGUGAAUAAACUAGAUUACAUCUAUCAGCUUCUUACUACCACCCUUAAUUUAUUUAUUGAUAUAUAUUUUUAGUACUGUACAGUUUUAAAAUAGUCAAAGGAUACCCUUCUCGACUUUCUGGCUGUGUAGAGGCCACAAAGAAUGUGUUAUAUACAGUAUAAUGUUUCUGUUUUGGCAAGUCUGCAAUUAUUGGGCCAAUACAUUGUACACACAGAGGAUACAGUUCAAUGUAGCAAAGAAGCUGUGUUCAUCUCACACUCAUAGAAAAAAACCCAUAGAAAUACCUUUAUUGGGGUUUAUUGCCUAAAUAAUAACAACAAGCUAUUUAACCAGGAAAGGUACCAUUAGAUUACUCUGUUUUCCAAGUACGUCCUGUGGAUCAUGCCAUGGCAUUGUUAAAAACUAUUGGUUUGGCACCCCUGUAGCUCUCCCAGUAUUCAGAUACAAUGUUGCCUUACAAGAAUAAAAUCAUUUAAAAAAAAAAAAAAAAAAACAACCUUGUUUGCACUAAACAGUCAAGUCUAAUCAUGUUAUCCAAUUUCACUUUAAAGUGAAAAAGCAUUAACAAUCUCACCCAAAACAAAGCCAAGAGGCGGUUGGGUGCAUCUGCAUCCACUACGGGGCUCUGGACUUGAGACCUCGCUGUACUUCUGAGGGCCAAAAAUGGUUUCCCUUUGACAACUAACCCUGGUGGGAGGUUGUAAGGGCACUUCUGACACCAUAUCCACUACAACUGGUCUGCGUUACCACUUGCUUAUUUAUAUUCUCUUUUUUGUGCCAGAUUUCAAUACCUGUGCGCCACCGUUUUGUUGUCUUAUGUCCAUGGUUCUGCAGUUUCGCCGGUUGUUGGAUUAGUUUGACUGAUACGUUGUGGGUAAAAAUGCUCGUAAAUGGAAUGUUGCUUCAGCUCCACCCAUUGACAAAGAUCGUAGUUGACAUAAGAAAAGUAGUCCAUUCUUUAGAUUAACUAUAGUGAAUUCUAAAAGCAAGGGGAAAUAGGACAAAAAAGGGAUUAGUUUAACGACAAAACCUGCAAAGUGACAGUGCCACCUUAACCCCACCACUUCUUCUCUCCCUAACAGUGUCUCCAAGACUGCUGAUAAAGAUUCGCCCAGUGGAGCAUGAACGGAUCGACAGGCAGACUUAACUCUUCAACCAUGACAGCGCCUAAAGAUCAAGGUAAGCAUACCCCAUCGCUUAAUUCACCUUCACUCUCCUACUUUCCUUGACCCACUAUUCUUACAGUGAAGAGGUUCUCCUUUCACCACUGCUGUCCACACAGAAAGGGUUUAAUAAUAGUCCCCGCUACUUUUGUUUUUUUUAAAUAUAACACUGCUUUUGCAUGACUCUCCAUUGAUCUUUUAAUUGAUUUUGUUUGUCCUGUGCACGUGAAUACUACUGAGGUUGCAAGUUUGUGCGAGCAGGACUUCUCAGUUGCCCGAAUUGUCCAUCCUUUGGUCCAUAAUUUCACUGCAUCUAUUCCAGUCUGUGCCUUUCAACGCAUACUAAUAAGUGAAGGUUUCAGUGUUAAAAUUCACAUGAAGUCAUUUUUUUUCCUACAAUUUAAAUUAUGUAUACUAGCAAGCCAAUGGCUCACUCUAGUGGUGCUUCUUGGAAAUCCAGAAAAAUCCAGGAGUUACAAGCAUGUCACAGUCAGCAAUUUUCACACACAAAAAAAAAGUCUGCCAUGUACAAUAUGGUGGCUCCAUGUGUGUGUUAAGACUGGGUUAUGUUGAUAAAGAUGACAGUUGUACCUGCAUCUUAACAAAAUAACAAUUCACAGUUACUGUCUUUAAACAUGGUUUUUGUAUCUUCAUAACAAGUUCAGUCUGUUUCCUCCAUCAAUUGUUCGGGCUGACACCGGUUAUCCUUCUCGUUCUAGAACCAUGGUCACAAGAAGAUAUGCUUACCCUUCUGAAGGCAAUGAAGACCAUUCUGCCUCCACAAGACAAUUCCAAGUAUAAGACCACCGAGUCCCACUUGGACUGGAGCAAGUUGGCCUUUAAAAAUUAUUCUGGACCUAUGUGUCGAAAAAAAUGGAUUGACAUUUCCAUGGAGGUAAUGAGAUAGAGUUCUGGGUAUAUUGUCUCGUUGGGUGAUAUUUAGAAACUUACAGGGCAAGGUCAUUUGGGUCAGUCUCGACGACCAUGAUAGAUUUUAAUGGGUUUGUGUGGCACCCCAAUAGAAGCAAAUUAGCAUACUGAUAAGAUUUUGCUUUGCUUGGCCAUGUUAGUAGUUAUGUACCGUAACCCAGUAGUCAGGACCUAUUAGCUAGACUUGCCACCAUUUUCAGAGUAAUUUGUGGCCUUGCUGUUAAUUUCUUGGGUUUUUUAUUGUCUUCAGUCUAGUUUUUAUCUGUACUGACCUGUUGCAAAUCCAUUUACCUUGUUUAUAUUUUGUUUUGACAUGGUAAAAAAUAAAGAAUUUCCUACCAGUUCUUUUCUCAGAAUGGAGACAUUUCAUUGAAGUGUCUGCAGAGAUUAGGAUGUUGUCCACAUUUUCCGACACUGUAUACCAUAGAACUCCUACCACAGAAGGCCACCCAGUUUCGAAAUAUAUAGCGUUUACAAAUGUUGCACUCAUUACCUCGUUGUUUUUAGGUCAGGAAGUUUCGUACGCUUACAGAACUGAUACUGGAUGCACAGGAGCAUGUUAAAAAUCCAUACAAAGGCAAAAAGCUGAAGGUAACUACCAGUAAAAGUUUUUGGGUUUUUUUCUAACUAACUAUCCCCAUGAAGAUCAACAUUUUUAUAGAUCUGUGAUAACCGCAGGAAUAGCGACUGCUCAAGGUGGGAAAUAUUAAAAAGAUAAUUUGAUCUGCUUCACUUAAAAAAAAAAAAAGAUUCUCUUUUCUCAUAUAAUUCCAUAAAAACUUAACAUUUAACUAUUUGGCUUAAUUUGAAAAUCUUCAUGAAAUUGUACCGUCUUAUUCAACGUCCUUUUUCUGAUUCCUGUGAUCUGGUUUUUAUACAGAAACACCCCGAGUUUCCAAAGAAGCCAUUGACUCCAUAUUUUCGCUUUUUCAUGGAGAAAAGGGCAAAGUACGCCAAACUGCACCCAGAAAUGAGUAACUUGGACUUAACGAAGAUCCUGUCCAAGAAGUACAAAGAAUUGCCCGAGAAAAAGAAGGUGAGCAGGAAUCUUUAAAUUAUCUGAACAAAUUCAACUGUGUGAGAUAAAAUACAGAGACACAGAAUGGACAGGAUGGAGGAUAUCUGCUAGCAGACGUACACUCGGGUGCAACGGAAAAAAUAAAACCGAAUAAGUUUUUAGCUAUACAUUUCCAAGAAAUAUGGGUAGUACAAGGUACAGAUAAAAGUCCAGGCUUGUAGUACAUGAUUUAAACGUUAAUAACAGACCUUAGGGGACCCCUACAUCAGCUUCACUGUGAUUUAACAAUUAUCUUUUUUUAUUUUAUAUAUAUAUAUAUAUUUUUUUUUUAUUUUUUAUAUUCCUAUACAUAUUUCCUGGAGAUAUUAUCUUCGUUAUGAUCUCUCCAUGCAAUAAAUAUGUUUGCCUGUCUGAUAGGUAUGCAGGGCGUUUGAUGCAGAAUUGCAUUGGGUGGCUGAUGGUAGGCAUUUUUUAUUUUUAUUUUUUUUAUUUUAUACGGCUGGGACAUCACUCUGUUGUUUAACACCACUCGUGAUUACUGCAGAUAUCAACCGUUUCGCCACUGUUACAGUAAGCUGCUGCUUUAAAAAACAACUGGGCAUGCUCAAACCAGUGGGGGACAAUGGCACACUCGUUUGGGGUUUCCACCCGCCCAUGACUAAUGGCUGAGUGGAAAUUAUGAGCACUCUUGUACGAAUAACUAAAUUCAUGGCAAAAGCUUCCAGGACAAUGGCUAAUGAUUGACACGAAGGUGGGAAACGUAACAGCAUGAAGUUUGUAUUCCUGAUGUGUGAUGUUAAUUCCUAUUUUCCCUCUAUUUCAGGGGAAAUACAUCCAGGAUUUCCAAAGAGAAAAGGUGGACUUUGAAAGGAACCUGGCCAGGUUCAGGUAAGUGAAAAUCGCAAAAAUUCAUUUUGACCAGUUCAUUGAUAAAUUCUGUGCAACUCAGUUUUGUUCAGGUGUGGAUUAGGAUUUUGUUUUGGAAGAACUAGCCCCAAAAAAAUUCUAGUCGGGUGGACAUUCGUAGUUUAGAAAACACCACUGUAGCAAAGAACCUCACUUUAACUUGCUCACUUUUAUCUGCCACAGAGAGGAGCACCCAGACCUCAUGCAGACCACAAAGAAGUCGGACGUCCCAGAAAAACCGAAAACUCCACAGCAACUUUGGUACAACCACGAAAGAAAGGUCUACCUCAAGUUGCGACCAGAUGUGAGUGUGAAUAUUGCUUUUAGAUGAUUGAAUAAGUGGACAAACCUUGUGUGUGUAAGAUGGUGGAUGAGUGGGGACCAUCCUUUGUCUGGACAAUGUACACAGGUCUAUUGGUUGUUCUUGGGUGGAAGGAUAUUCAUUCCCUGUCUGUUGACUGAUUUCAGGCAAGCACAAAGGAUGUGAAGGAUGCUCUGGGCAAACAGUGGUCUCAACUUUCCGAUAAGAAGCGUCUAAAGUGGAUUCAUAAAGCACUUGAGCAACGCAAGCUGUAUGAGGUGAGGCCUUUCUCUCUACUGAUUUUAACGGUCUAAGAACAGGAAGGGGUCACCAUUUGACCCCAUGCUAGGAAAUAAUCUGAUGUUAGCCUGUUUCUAUGUUUUAACUAUAUUGUAGUUGCCUGAUAAUGGUUGUCUUACUAAGAUCGAAUGAGAUGGGGUACUAUUUGGGGCAAUUGCUGUAGAAAGAUUUUGGUGACUACUGGAAGGUACCUUUCUCCAGAAUUGCUUCCAUUUGGGUAGGGCCAAGUCUUCAGAAUAUUGAUUUCCGAACACAAGUGCGUAGUGGCAAAGAUCACAAACCAGUGUUUAGUGGGGAAAAUAAAAUGUAAUUGGAACGUAAUACUUUGCUGUAGAAACCUGUAAACACUCUGGUAUCCCACCAUCACAGAACGUAAUGCGGGAGUAUAUGCAGAAGCACCCAGAACUGAAUAUUACAGAGGAGGGUAUCACUCGCUCCACUCUCACCAAGGCAGAGCGUCAGCUGAAGGACAAGUUUGAUGGUCGACCAACCAAACCCCCUCCGUAAGUAUCUGUACAAGAUGCCUAGGCUUUGUAUGUGCAAAUAAAUGCAAAGGCCAUGCUUUGAGCGUACAGGCCACCAUGAUCGAGUAAAGGUGGUGGAACUGAAAUGAACUGUGAAAAUAGAUGUAAAUUUGUAUGAAAAAGUCAUGUGGGUUGUUGUUUUUGUUUUGUUUUUUUAAUUAAUUUUUUUUUUCACAGACGCUGCCAAUAACUUCUGAAAGUAUAACUCUGCAAAGUUCUAGGAAGUUUGUGUACAUUUAGUAGUACAUUUUAACACAGGUCCAUUAUACUUAUUGAAAGUGAGAAACAAUGGACAAUAACUUUUUGCCUAGGGCUUAUCCCCACUUGUAGCCUUACUUUUUGGGGGGAAUGGAACAAUCUGCAAUAAUUUCAGGCCAUAAAGCAAUUGUGACCCAAAAUACUAUAAAAAAAAAAAAAAUCUUUGGUUAUGGUUGGUGUGUUCCACAGUGUAUCUAAGUGGAAUAGACACUGGUCUUGGGGGGGGCGGGGGGAUAGGGGACAAAAAGGCUUGGUUCCGGUGAUGGAGGAGGAGGGAAUGCAGCUGGAAAUAGUAGAUAAGGAGAUGCAAAAAUUGGUUUACUAGUUGAUGUUAAAUAGUGUCUAAUUUGAUUAUAGGAACAGUUACUCCAUGUACUGCGCUGAACUCAUGGCCAAUAUGAAAGAUGUCCCGAGCACCGAACGCAUGGUCCUGUGCAGCCAGCAGUGGAAGUUGCUCUCCCAGAAGGAGAAGGAUGCCUAUCACAAGAAAUGCGAGCAGGUAAAGUUGCACUGAUGAAAAUAAGGGACAUAUAACAAAUUGUUUAUUUUAAUUUUUUUAGAUAAAUGGCAAGUCCUUGAUUUUUAGCUAUUGGCAUAAUUGCCCCCUAGUGGAAAAUGAAAAAUCUUAUCAACUUAUUUAAAUUGAAUCCCUUGCACAACCUCCUCUAUUACAUUUAAACCACAAAACUCCUUUGUCUCCAAACUAUCCAGUUUUAUCUGAAAGUAAAAAAAAAUAGUAACUACAGUCACCAGGGCCCUAGGUAGUGAAUCUCACAAGUUUAUUAGUGUUAUAGUAAAAUGUAGAAGGAGACUUCUUUUCAAAGAAAACGGUUUCCCGAACUUUUCCGUAUGUGCAGUGGGAUCAAAUCAUUCUUGUCCUUGUAAUCAGUAUUGGGAAUAUGAUACUUUGCUGUCCAAAUGCUAUGACUUUUUCAUCUUUACAUAACAUACGUGUUUUAAAGGGACCGGACCCUACAAAUAGUGCUUGACAGGAGUUCUAGGAAGUGUAAUAAUAUUCUGCAUGGGCUUUGGUGCCAGGAGUACCUGGGUGCUGCCCCAUGGUAGGUAUCCACACCAUUCUAGUAGAGUUUGACAACUUACCUGGGAAGAGAUACCAAAUGUCUCUGUAGAAUAAAGCACAGUCAAUUCAGAAUUGCAAUUAUUGGCUCAUUGCUCACCAGGAGCUGUGGUUGUGGGUGCCAACUGUACUAAAACAAUGAGACUACUUAAGUUAGGACAGCGCCAGGAUACCCCUAGAACGAUAACCACCACACUGGGCUUUAGUGACCAGGGUGCUUGGAGUAUUAAUUUAUUUGCAAAUGCACAAAUAAAAAAAAUAAAAAAUUUUACAUAACAUUUUAAUGUUCCAGAAGCAAGAAAGUACCUUUUGUGUGUUUGACUUAUUCCCCCCCUUUUUUGUUUUUAUUUAUGCAGAAAAAGAAAGAAUAUGAAGUGGAAUUGCUGCGUUUCCUUGAAGUGAGUAUUUUUAAGCCUUUUGAUGUACAAAAUGCAUUGCCAUCAUAAAAUUGUAGAAUUGAUGUAGAUGAUACAAACCAUACUAAAUUAAAAUAUUCUCUUUACCUGUCUUGCAGAGUCUCCCAGAAGAGGAACAGCAGAGGGUCCUGGCUGAAGAAAAGAUGGUGGGUCUCAACAAGAGGGCAGUAGGCAGUCCAGCGUCAAAAUUGGCGGCCCUGGAAGCUGCAAAGGUGACUUCUUUUAAGUCUCUGUCACCAAGAUUGAUGUUUUAAUUGACAUCAAGGGUUCAGCUUCAUUAGCAGCUCAGUGGCAUGCUGGGGUACACAUUUAGAUGGUUGAAGGAUCAGUCUCAUAAUUGAUUGAUUGUGGUUAUAAUGGCUUUUAAUUAAAAAAAAAUCUCAGUUGUAUGAGCACUUUUUUUGUUUUAAUGGGGCUCUUUUUGGCUGCCUGAAGCAGGGUAAAGGCAAAUCGGCGCAAGCCGAAAAAAAGAAGGCAGAAGAGAAAGCUAAACUCCCGGAGACCCCCAAAACAGCCGAAGAGAUCUGGCAACAGAGCGUGAUCGGGGACUACCUUGCUCGAUUCAAGGUGAGAACAGAUACAUUAUUCGUGAUUUGGUGGUCUAUUAAAGAGGGAGACGUAGAGGAGGGUUUGGAUCUAUCACACGUAGAAACUAACGUAGGACGUUUUUAAUCUUCUCAUUCAGAACGACCGAGCUAAAGCCCUGAAGAGCAUGGAAUCCACUUGGGUGAACAUGGAAAAGAAAGAGAAGAUUAUGUGGAUUAAGAAAGCAGCCGAGGACCAGAAGCGAUAUGAGGUACUUUGUGGCACAUAUGAUCACUCUACAAUGUCCCCACCGCCCACCAGUAAAGCCAGCAAACCAUAAACAAAUGUGGUCGUGUGGGUUUGGUGUUUCAUGAUGCUGGCACUCUGAAGCUUCUUCCGUUAUCUGGAUGUCUCUAGAUCUGUGUAUUUUUAUUUAUUUAUUUAUUUAUUUAUUUUCAUUCUGUCAAUAGAGAGAGCUAAGUGACAUGAGGUCCGUUCCCGCCACAACCGCACCUGGUAAAAAACUCAAAUUCCUAGGAGAACCAAAGAAAGCCCCCAUGUAAGUGUCAACAUCCUUCGUUUCUCCAUUCUUCUUCCUCUCGACUUCCAAUUCUUUAUUUCUACUAUCUUCCCCAUCCAUACCCCUAUUUCGUGUGUCUGUUUAGGAAUGGGUACCAAAAGUUCUCCCAGGAACUUCUGUCAAAUGGAGAGUUGAAUCACCUUCCCCUGAAAGAGCGUAUGGUGGAGAUUGGCAGCCGCUGGCAAAGGAUUUCUCCAAGCCAGAAAGAAUACUAUAAGAAAGUAGCAGAGGAACAGCAAAGGGCUUACCGUUUGCAGCUAGAUUCCUGGAUGAAGGUGAGCAAGUCUCUCUCUCUUUUUUUUUUUUUUUGGUACAAUAAUUUAUCUUUCAACUGAAGGAUUGGUAUUGCCUCGUAAAGCCGUUGCUUGAUCAGGAACAGUUUGUGGCUGAAGUCUUCUUACAUGGAUUUGCCUGAAGCCCAAGAAGGGAAAUUAAGGGACUUUCAGAUAACUGAUUUAAAGGGAAACUAUAGUGCCAGAAAAACAAACUCGUUUUCCUGGCACUGUUGCUUCCCCUUCUGUCAAGGCCCUCCCCCGUGGUGCAAAAAGGGUUAAUAACCUGGAAGUAGAGGAGGACUUCUUAACCCUGCAAGGUGAUUAUUGCAGUUUACAAAAAACUGAAAUGAUUAUAUGCUCAGGCUUAACGGUGAUGGGAGUUGGCACAAAGACCACUUCAAUGAGCUGAUAGGGUCUGGGUGCCUACAGUGUCCCUUUAGUGCCCUAAUAGUAGCGUAUAUAUGGGGGGGGGGAUAAACAGGCACAAUUAUAAUGAACAUUCCAAUCAUGUGAAAUACUGGCUUUAAGAAAGUCACUAGAAGCCAAGAUUAGUAGUAGAGAAUGUUACUAAUUUUUUUUUCUUUUUUUUUUUUUUUAAAGGGUUUAUCAUCUCAAGACCGGGCAGCAUACAUGAAGCAGUCAUCUAAUGUGAGUGUUUGUUUUUUUUUUUUCAUGCCAAGCUAGAAAUGAGUCUGAUUAGCGCAUCUAUAUUAUAUCUAAAAUGUACUUCCUUUUUAACAGAAACGCAAGAGCGCAACAAAACUUAAGGGGCCAGUUGCCAAAACCAAAGCUGCUGUAUCCUCCAAAUCUGUAAGUACUUUUUUAUGUGUGUGUAUAUAAUAAUCAGUGUUUUAUAGACUUUAUUACAGUUGCUGGUAUAAGGGACCUUUAUAAGCUUUGAAGACUUCCUGGUGGUCCCAGUCGCACCGACUGGAGAUGUGGAAUAAUAUGUUUCUGGUUUGACCGCAUUAGGUGGACUUGCCAGCAGUUCCAACUUUAAAGUCUACGCACAACCACACACCUACGGUAAUUGCCCCUACUGCACACUAAUAUAUUUUAUUAUGUUUGUUAUGAUUCUGCAAGAUUUCUUACAGCAAAUACUAGCCAUGCCAUCGGAAGUGCAGAAAAUAUCCCUUCUUAAUAGGGGAAUUAUGGAUUUGACAGCAACUGCAACUAUGAGAAAACAUAGUGUUUUAGAUGCAACCACUCCUGUUAACGGCCAACACUGGUGGCUUUUAUGGACCUACUCAGAGAGGCCAUGCACCAGUCCUGUUGUAGAACAUAUUGCGGUCUUCUGUGAGUGUGGAGAUUUUCUAGCAGUAAAAAUGUUUGCAAAUUGUGUGUUCUAAGCCAAAGACAGUUAGUACCCAGGUACAAGGGACUUCCUUGCACUUUGUAGGAAGCAUAAAUGGUAUGACCUUUGGAUUUCCAUUUUAAACUAUUGUUUGAAAUGGUUUUGUUAAUUUUUUUUGUAUUGGAUCUUGUUAUUGUUGCAUCCCUAUAAGCAAGUAUGGCUUUUACUUGCAGUAAAUUUGAGUAUUCAUUUUAUUAUUUCACUAUUUAGUUAGACUGGCACUGGUCUAUUUUUUUUUUUUUUCAUCCAUGCUUGACUGCACAUGUGGUCUGGCUAAACAUCAUGAUAAAAAUUUUUUCAGAACAACCAGACUUCCAAAGGCUGGUAUUUGUGUCUUGGCAGUCUCUACUCAUCCCUUCUUCUUCUUCUUCAUAAAGGAUGUUUAUGGUGGUUUGGUUCUAACAUGUAGACUUCUUUUUAGGAGGAUGAUGAUGAUGAGGAUGAUGAUGACGAUGAUGACGAAGAUGAUGAUGAGGAUGAUGACGACGAUGAUGAAGACGAAGAUAAGGAGGAAUCCUCUGAGGAUGGUGACUCGUCUGAUUCCAGCAGUGAAGAAGAUAGUGAUGAUGCAGAAGAGGUAAGAAGGGACUGUAACAGGGUUAGGAUUUUGGGGAUAACCGAUAUUUAUUUUGUUACUGAUUUUAUAUUGCUUUUCUCCUUAAGAAUGAAGAAGAGGAAGAUGAAGAAGAGGAUGAUGACGAGUCUGGUUCCAGUUCCUCUUCCUCCUCCUCAGCAGAUUCUUCUGACUCUGACUCCAACUGAACAGGGACUGCAGCUCUAAUGGGUUGGGUGGGAAUAAUGAAUAGGGAGGUGAUAUGUUUAACCCUGUCUCGGCUCUUAGGGUCUUAUAAGGUGGCAUUGGAGCAAGUGUAAGGUCCAAUACCACCAUAUAAGUUAAAUAAUAAAUAUAUGGGGUUAAUCUGUAAAGUGGGUGAUGUCAAUGGGAUCUUUUUGUGUGUCCCUUCCCACUUCUUGAGGUUGUAACUUCUCCUUUCUAUCGCCUGUUUCUCCCCAUUCUAGUGUUCCUGAAGUCGUUCUUCUUAGCAUCUACUUUUUUAUGGUUUACCCUUAGUGGUGUUUGCCUUCUCCAAUGACCUUCAAGCUCCCUUACUAAUGUAUCUUGUCUCCCUCUUUCUUCAAGACUUACAGACUUGCCCGUUCCUUCUCUUGUAUUUCACAGUUACCCGACCCAUCUCAUUCUUGCUUGCUUCUCCUUUUGCUACUAGUGACCUCUUCCGCCAGUGGUCUUCUCACUCUCAGACCUACGAAUGCCAAGCUUGGCUUCUUCUUGUCGUUUUCCUUUCUGCAUCUCCACUGAAUACUGUGAAAAACAGGGCUAGCAAAAACCAAGCACACUGCCUUUGUGAAAUGUCAUUGGUCAUGUGGAACAAAAGCAUGGCCCUAACUGUAAAAUAUUUGUUGGAUUAGUUUGGGAUGGGAGGUUUGUGUUCAAUCCCUUCUAUACAGGCUGCGACGUAACAGAAAGGCACUUAGCCCACUCAAAGUAUAUAAACUUCCCACCACAGACCCCUCCCCUUCCCUCCCCCCCCUCCCCCCCAAGAAGCCAGUUGGCUGAAAUUUUUUUUUUGUUUGUUUUUAAUUAUUUCUCUUAUUUGGGGUGGGUGGAUUAUAUAUAUCUAUAUAUAAUUUUUUUUAUAUCUAUAUUUUUUUUUUCCCGUUUUUGCUUGUACCUGAAAUGUGGUAUUUUAGCUGGCUUGUUUUAGUAUAACAUAUGUAAGAAAUUCACCUCUUCUUUUUUUUUUUUCUUUUUUCCUAGUUUUUGUUUUUAAAGGAAAACCCUAAGAGAUGUGUUUUUUUGUUUUGUUUUUUUUUUUAGUUACUUUUUUUUUGUUUUUGUUUUUUUUGUUUGUUUAUUUUCCUCUUUUGGGGGGAAAUGUAGAUUCUUGCUGUGCUGUAUGCACGCAUGGUGAGAGGCAAAACCCUUUUAGUGCAUUUUCAGCACUAUGAAAAGAAAAUAGGAUGUGAGCCGCGUUACAAAAAUAUUUUGUUGUUUUGGUUUUUUUUCUGUAUCUACACAAUAUUUAAAACAAAUGCUUUUUUUUGUAGGUUAAAAUUGAAAACAACAAAAAAAAUAAUAAUUAAAAGAUCGUGUUUUGUAACAGAUCCGUUGGUUUAGUGUAGCAAUUUAAAAAUUAAGUGCGUUCUCGUUAAUUUUGUUUUGUACAAAGAGGGCGGGGAAUGUUGUGUUUUUCGCUUUUUUUUUUUUGUUCAGUACUCUGAUUAAAUAAAGAGAAACUUUAGGGACAACUGUGG